CCAUAGUGCGUCUUGAUGAAGCGCGUGCACUUGUGCCUGUCAUGCAUUUUCUUCCUCCGCUGCAAUGGAAGCUUCUCAUGCACCAUCAGCCGUCUCCGCGCUUUGAUCUCGGCUCGGUUGUGCGCAUGCGCACCUCACUGGCUCCUCUGCACCGUCUCCGGCAAGUUGGAUGUCCGCGCUCCCCACUCGCAUCCCGAAACCGCCUCAAAAACUGUUGAGAUGGGGAGGAUCAGGAAAAACCACUUUGGGAUUUUGAUUUUUUCGCUUCUGGUUACUUUUGUCUGGACUCAGAGCGUUAAGGAUCUAAAAGAUCCAAGCAACAUGCCUCUGGUCAAAGAGACGGUGGACAGACUGCUGAACGGAUACGACAUUCGAUUGAGGCCUGAUUUUGGAGGUGCACCAGUGGCCGUGGGUAUGAACAUAGACAUAGCCAGCAUAGACAUGGUGUCCGAAGUCAACAUGGACUACACGUUGACUAUGUACUUCCAGCAAGCGUGGCGGGAUAAGCGGCUCUCCUACUCCGAGAUCGCCUACAACCUCACUCUGGACAACCGAGUGGCCGACCAGCUGUGGGUACCGGACACUUACUUUCUCAACGACAAAAAGUCCUUUGUUCACGGCGUCACUGUCAAGAACAGGAUGAUUCGCCUGCAUCCUGAUGGCACCGUGCUUUAUGGACUCAGGAUCACCACCACGGCAGCCUGCAUGAUGGACCUGCGCCGUUACCCUCUCGAUGAGCAAAACUGCACCCUGGAGAUCGAAAGCUAUGGUUACACUACAGAUGAUAUUGAGUUUUACUGGCGAGGAGGAGACGGUGCAGUGUCCGGCGUUGACAGGAUCGAGUUGCCACAGUUUUCUAUCGUCGACUAUAAACUCAUCUCCACGAAGGUGGUCUUCUCUACAGGUUCCUAUCCCCGCCUGUCCCUCAGCUUCAAACUGAAGAGGAACAUUGGUUACUUCAUCCUGCAGACAUACAUGCCUUCCAUCCUGAUUACCAUCCUCUCCUGGGUCUCCUUCUGGAUCAACUACGAUGCCUCUGCUGCCAGAGUGGCCCUGGGGAUCACCACGGUGCUGACCAUGACCACCAUCAACACACACUUGCGAGAGACGCUCCCUAAGAUCCCCUAUGUGAAGGCCAUAGACAUGUACCUGAUGGGUUGCUUCGUGUUCGUCUUCCUCGCCCUGCUGGAGUACGCCUUCGUCAACUACAUCUUCUUUGGCCAGGGCCCGCAACGGCAGAAGAAAGCGGCUGAGAAGGCAGCCACGGCCAAUAACGAAAAGCUUAGACCCGACCCCAACAAGUGGCUGGUGGGAAAUGUAGUUCAGAGAGAUGAUGCUCUGUAUGCCAGAAUGAAACAGAGGGAAAUUGACGCGUAUGACUCGAUGUGGGAUCCCAUCUUUGUGGACGAUGCCGCAUUAGGACUAGGCGAGCAAAGAAAUAAGAUGACUCCCGAUGACAACAUCCUGUUCAGCACCCUGGAGAUGAAGAACGAAAUGGGGGGUGCCGGGGAUCUGUCUCGGGGGUUGGGAGCGCCCGGAGACCCCCGCAACACUAUGCUGGCCUACGACAGCUCCACACUGCAGUACCGCCGGGCGGCCAUGGCCCGCCAGAACUAUGGCCACAGCGACUUGGAGCGCCACGCUCAGAAGAAGUCGCGUCUACGGAGACGGGCUUCGCAGCUCAAGGUGAACAUCCCGGACUUGUCCGACGUGAACUCUAUUGAUAAGUGGUCCAGGAUGAUCUUCCCCACCGUCUUCUCCUUCUUCAAUGUGGUCUACUGGCUCUACUACGUCCAUUAAACGCGGCGGCCAUCUUGAGGCAGGCACGCCAAGAUGGGGAGCAGGGAAUUUAGCGGGAAUAGAGAGAUGGUGUGAUUGAGUGAAUGAGAGAGAAUUGGCGCACCACCUUUUAGCGGGUUCCUUUUCGACAACUUGAGGAGAAUGCAAAGACAUUUUGGACAGACAGCAGCAGCACCAACACUUCUGUGACUCUUUUAGCAUUUGGGAAACACCUUCUGCGGAUUGGACAAACUUUAAAAACAAGAGUUUUCAAAGGACAGUAAUGGUGCAGGAAUUUCAAUAUAUCACUAAUACUUGUCAUUCGUAGCUUACUCUGUGGAUCAAAUAUUUAUGCUUGUGUUUGCAUAUACUUUAAGGAUUUGUUUUAUUCAGUAUCUAUUUACUUGGUAGCCGAGCCGUCUGCAUCCGGGAAAGCUUUAUAAAUGAUUUUAAAAGGAGUCAUCCUUGAUAGUCUAUUUUCCUAUAAUUACUGUAAAUCCAAAACAUCCUUUACAAAGCAUGCUCACGUUUGAUUUGAUUUGCAUCUUAUUUGUGAUGAGAACGAUAGUGAUGAUGUCGUGCAAAGGAAAGUGUGGAAGUUGGAAAAAGCAGCUUUGGAUGACAUUUGCGGUGCCAAUGCUGGAUCGAAAAAGGAAAAACACAUGGACAUCUCAUGAAGGAGCGACAUUAUUGGACAUUUUCACGUAUAUGUUUUGCUUUUUGCUUUUGCAGCACGGACCAAAUCAAGUCCAUUUCACCCUGUUUUGCUUUUUUAAACAAAAAAAGAACAUGACUCUUCCUUAUUUUAUGCCAUGGUGAGAAGAGCUUUAGAGGCGAGGAAUGGCUUUACAGGACAAACCGGUGGUAGAAAUGAAUUGGCUGCCCUUUCAUUGCAAUGAGUAGCUGCAUAAACAUGGCAAUCCACAAUCAUUUUUAACAGUAGAAUUGAAUGAUAGAAGUAUGACACGUUUCAUUGUGGUUAGGUUUCUGUUCUGAAAAAAAAAUGUAGAUAAAUAUAAAUCAUGUUAAAAGAAAAAGAGAUGAUUCAUUUUUAUAAAUCAAUACUCACGUGUAAAUAUCAAUUUAUUCUAUUUAACUGUUGUUGUUUUGCAGUUGAAUUACACAUAAAUAAUUUUCCAUUCUGUCAAAAAAAGAAGAAAGGAGCAAUUCAACAGAGUUAACAAAAAAAGAAAAGAAAAAAAAAGACAAAUGAAACACAAAUUCGCAACUUUGCUGUUCAUGUGCUUUUUGGACUUUUCUUCCUUUUCUUUCUUUUUAAUGGAAUGACUGAAGCACCUCCUUGCUGAAACUGAAGCACUUCCAGACACCAGUGGCUACCGGGUCCAUGUUUUGUUCUCUGCAAACAACUUAACACAAGGACCCUGCUAUCCAGGCAUUGAAGUCAGGCAUAUUUUGUACAAAGUUUAUGUAAAUUCCAAUUGUAAUAUUUCAUAAAGACUGUAAAUAUGUUGUGUAAUGAUUGUCAACAACUAUGAAGAUGUAUCUAAAUUCAAUUAAAACAAUACAGUCUAUCACUUCAAUAACAAAGUGCAAGGUGGCAUUUUCUUGGCAGGCCUCACACUAAUAAGACUAUUAUUGCUAUUAUUGAGCACUCACAAACAUGAUUGGAAACUCCCAUUCCUUAUGAGUUUGAAUGUGUUUGGUUCAUUUUUAACACAGCUACAUCCCUGUUACAAGAGGAUGUUCACACUCAUCCGAUCACAUUAUUGCAGUUGUUUAUUUUUACUUUCCCUCUCGAAAAGAUUUUUUUUUUCUUUAAUAGAGUUGGGCCAUAUUAAAGGUGAAAAAAUUGUUUCAA